GGAUAGGUCCAUUAAACAUCACUUCCUGAAGCGAAGUCCCGUAUGUUUUUGAAUCGAGAUCCUUCGAAGCUGAGUGGUCGUUACACGGCUUCGUAAUUAUAUUCAGGUCCGCUAUGUCCAAGGAAGACCUAAUUUCAGUGGAUUAUGAAAUUUUUGGCAGAGUGCAAGGUGUAUUUUUUCGGAAAUACACUCAAGCAGAAGGGAGGAAGCUUGGCCUGGUUGGAUGGGUCCAAAACACAAGUGCAGGAACUGUUCAGGGGCAGCUACAAGGCCCACACAGCAAGGUGCAAGAAAUGCAAGAAUGGCUGAAAUCCACUGGGAGCCCAAAGUCACACAUAACCAAGGCGGAGUUCAGAAACGAGAAAACAAUUGAUAGCCUAGAACACUCCACUUUUAACAUAGUAAAAUAAAAUAAACCCUAGAUUGUGCCUGUAAUAUUAACACUAAGGCAGAUAUUUAUUUUAUCUUUUUGACAUAGUAUUUUUUGUUGAAAUCCAAAUCAUAAUUAAUUGUUUUUGUGUUAGGUUUCUCUGAUAUCUACAGUAUAUGAAAUUACAUAAAUAAAUUAACAAUUCCUGUCAGUAAGCCCCA